AUGAGGCCAACACUGUUCCGUCCGUUCCAGUCGACUCUUCGAGUCUUGGGCCAUGAAAACCCCUUGGGCCUGCCGAAAUCUGGCACACCACCCAACUGGCCUAGGAGGCCCGCGAAAAGGAAGAUCACCGGUGUGGAGAAAAUAAUUGCUGUUUCUUCCGCCAAGGGUGGCGUCGGUAAGAGUACCGUUGCAGGCUACCGGGCGGGAAUCCUGGACACCGACAUCUUCGGCCCUUCUAUUCCAACACUCUUCAACCUUGCCGGAGAACCCAGGCUCUCACAAAACAACCAGCUGAUCCCGAUGACUAAUUACGGCGUCAAGACGAUGUCCAUGGGCUACCUCGUUCCAGAGGAUGACGCCGUGGUAUGGCGAGGGCCCAUGGUAAUGAAAGCCAUUCAGCAGCUACUUCACGAGGUUGACUGGGGUGGAUUGGAUAUUCUCGUGCUCGACCUGCCUCCAGGCACAGGCGAUACACAACUCACCAUUACACAGCAGAUCGUACUUGAUGGAUCCAUCAUUGUCACCACACCCCACACACUUGCUGUCAAGGACGCGGUCAAGGGCGUCAACAUGUUCAACAAGGUCAAUGUUGACAUUUUGGGCCUGGUCCAAAACAUGUCACUCUUCAACUGUCCACACUGUCACGGCGACACGCACGUUUUUGGGUCAAACGAAAGAGUCGAGCGCAUGUGCAGAGAGCACAAGAUCGACUUCCUAGGUGACAUCCCGUUGCAUCCGUCCAUUGGCGAUGAUGCGGAUCUGGGUAAACCCACCGUCGUAUCGGAACCAUCGAGUGCUAGGGCAGAAAUAUUCCUCAAGAUUGCAAAGGACAUUGCCCCGAAGAUCGACCUCCGCGCACCGUGA